UUCCAAGAACAUUCGAAGUUUCCUACCCCAAUAUGCGAAUCGUUCCAAAUUUCUCUAAGCAGAAUGAAUCCGACGGCUAUAAAUCCAUGAAAAACUCCGCCAUUAUUGUGUUUUCCCUGUAAAGCAUCAUUCUUUUUUAUUUUGAACUGAAAAAAGGCAUCAUUCCAGUAUCUUAAACAGCACCUUCCCUUCUCCUCUUAUUAUAAUUGUACUGAAAAAACCCACCCCAUUUCCUCCAUAAUUGUACCGUCUUAGCUCCAUUUUCUGAAGAAGAAGAAAAAGGGUCUUUAAUGGUGUUCAAAUCUUGAAUUAUUAUGUUAAGUUCCGUUUUCUGAAAAAGGGUGUCCAAAUCUUGAAAUUUUCUUUGAAUUUGUUGAACUAGUACCCUUUUUUCAUCCUUGUACUGUCUAGGUCCAUUUUCUUAAGAAGAAGAAAAAGGGCCUUAAAAUGGUGUCCAAAAUUUGAUCUUUCUUCCAUACUUGUGUUGUCUAGCUCUGUAAUCUCCAUUUUUCUGAAAAGGGUGUCCAAAAUUUGAUCUUUCUCCUCAUUUCCUUCAUACUUGUGUUGUCUAGCUCUGUAAUCUCCAUUUUCUGAGAAAGGGUGUCCAAAAUUUGAUCUUUCUCCUCAUUUCCUUCAUACUUGUGUUGUCUAGCUCUGUAAUCUCCAUUUUCUGAGAAAGGGUGUCCAAAAUUUGAUCUUUCUCCUCAUUUCCUUCAUACUUGUGUUGUCUAGCUCUGUAAUCUCCAUUUUCUGAGAAAGGGUGUCCAAAAUUUGAUCUUUCUCCUCAUUUCCUUCAUACUUGUGUUGUCUAGCUCUGUAAUCUCCAUUUUCUGAGAAAGGGUGUCCAAAAUUUGAUCUUUCUCCUCAUUUCCUUCAUACUUGUGUUGUCUAGCUCUGUAAUCUCCAUUUUCUGAGAAAGGGUGUCCAAAAUUUGAUCUUUCUCCUCAUUUCCUUCAUACUUGUGUUGUCUAGCUCUGUAAUCUCCAUUUUCUGAGAAAGGGUGUCCAAAAUUUGAUCUUUCUCCUCAUUUCCUUCAUACUUGUGUUGUCUAGCUCUGUAAUCUCCAUUUUCUGAGAAAGGGUGUCCAAAAUUUGAUCUUUCUCCUCAUUUCCUUCAUACUUGUGUUGUCUAGCUCUGUAAUCUCCAUUUUCUGAGAAAGGGUGUCCAAAAUUUGAUCUUUCUCCUCAUUUCCUUCAUACUUGUGUUGUCUAGCUCUGUAAUCUCCAUUUUCUGAAAAAGGGUGUCCAAAAUUUGAUCUUUCUCUUCAUUUCCUUCAUACUUGUGUUGUCUAGCUCUGUAAUCUCCAUUUUUCUGAAAAAGGGUGUUCAAAUCUUGAAUUUUUCUUAAAAUUUGUUGAACCAGUACCCUAUUUUCUUCUUACUUGUGUUGUCUAGCUCUGUAAGUCCAAAGUUUGAUUUUUCUUAAAAUUUGUUACUAAAACUUGUUAUUGUUUUAACUUUACUCAACUUCUUUUGAUGUUUUACCGGAUAUAGAAAGUUAACAACCCCAUUUAUUCUCUAGAUAUCUACCAUUCAUCUUCUUGAAAAAGGGUGUCCAAAUCUUGGAUUUUCUUAAGCCUUUUUUGUGUUCUUGUGAUCUUUGCCAGAAAACCCAAUUUCAGGUAACUUAUUGUUAGGAUUGGUGAAAAAAAGAGGUUAGAAUAUGGUGAGUAAUGUGACUACCCCUAGGAAAUCUAUACACAGAGUGUUGGAGAGAGUUGGGGUUUAUGGGUUUGUUGGUGGUAGCAGCCAGAAGAGAUUAAAGUGUGAUUUUCAAGAUGAAGAAUAUGACACCAUGGAAAUGGUGCAGAUUGGUGCUGAAAGGACUAAAAAUGUGCUUAUUUUGAUGAGUGAUACUGGUGGUGGACAUAGGGCUUCAGCUGAGGCAAUUCGAGAUGCUUUCAAGUUAGAAUUUGGGGAUGAAUAUAGAAUUUUUGUGAAGGAUGUCUGGAAGGAAUACACUGGCUGGCCAUUGAACAACAUGGAGCAACAAUACAAGUUCAUGGUUAAACAUGUUGGCCUUUGGAGUGUUGCAUUUCAUGGCACGUCACCUCGUUGGAUACACUCUGUCUAUCUUGCUGCUAUUGCCGCCUUCUAUGCUAAAGAGGUAGAAGCUGGCCUGAUGGAGUACAAGCCAGACAUAAUCAUUAGUGUUCAUCCUCUCAUGCAACACAUUCCUCUAUGGGUUCUUAAAUGGCAAGGCCUACAGAAAAAAGUUAUUUUCGUAACCGUCAUUACGGAUCUCAACACUUGCCACCGGACAUGGUUUCAUCCAGGAGUCAAUCGUUUGUACUGCCCCUCUGAGGAGGUAGCAAAGAGGGCAUCACUAGAUCGCUUGGAAGGAUCUCAAAUACGUGUUUUUGGGUUGCCCAUCCGGCCUUCUUUUUGCCGGGCAGUUCUUUCCAAGGAUGACCUUAGAGUAGAACUUGAGAUGGAUCCCACAUUGCCAGCGGUUUUGCUGAUGGGUGGCGGUGAAGGGAUGGGUCCUGUGAAGAAAACUGCAAAGGCUCUUGGAGAAGCACUCUUCGAUAAGGAACUUGGCAAACCUAUCGGUCAAAUGAUUGUCAUAUGUGGACGCAAUGAAGCCUUAGCAUCCACAUUACGAUCACUCGAAUGGAGCAUCCCCGUUCAGAUCAAGGGAUUUCAGAAACAGAUGGAAAAGUGGAUGGGCGCUUGUGAUUGUAUUAUCACAAAGGCUGGACCUGGUACAAUUGCAGAAGCAUUAAUCAGAGGGCUUCCCAUUAUUCUGAACGACUACAUCCCCGGACAAGAGAAGGGAAAUGUUCCGUUCGUAGUCGACAAUGGAGCUGGUGUUUUCACACGACGCCCCAAGGAAACAGCUCGGAUCGUUGCAGAAUGGUUUACCACCAAAAGCGAUGAGCUUAAAAGGAAGUCAGAGAACGCGCUGAAACUUGCACAACCUAAUGCUGUCUUUGAUAUUGUGAAGGACAUACAUGAACUUGCAUGCCAGAGAGGUCCUCUUGCCAACAUUCCUUACAUAUUGACAUCUUCAUUUUCAAGCCUAAUUUAGCAUAAUAGAUUGAAGUUGGUUUGUUGCUAGUUGCAUAUUAUGUAGACAAGAAUAGGUUCAAUUGAUCAGUCUCAUUCUUUGGCCACAAAGGCUUUGGUGCUAUUCUUUUAGCUUAGUCAAGUUGUGAUCCUUUGUUAAAAAUAUAAGAAAAAGUGAAGGUGCAUUUUCCUUGGAGUUUAGUGUGGAAAUAGAGUAGUAUGAUUAUGUUUUUUGACUCUAUUCUCAUGUUAAUUUUUUUGUAUAUAUUCUUUUAAUAUGACUUGAUUCUAUUAUUACAUGUUGUUUUAUUUGCUUCG